GCUCCUUCCGCCCUUCACCGUCACUCGCUCUUCGACAACUUUUUAACUCGCCCAAGAUGUCCGACGCUGCUGAGCUCUCAAGCAAAUACGUUCUCCAGACUGUUGGAUUUGACGCUCGUUUUCCUAACACCAACCAGACCCGCAACUGCUGGCAAAACUACUGCGAUUACUUCAAGUGUGUCGCUGCUAAGGGAGAGGACUAUGCUCCUUGCAAGCAGUUCAAGAAGGCUUACAACUCGCUUUGCCCUAAUGAAUGGAUCUCCAAGUGGGAUGAGCAGCGCGAGAGCGGCACCUUCCCUGCGUCCCUAGAGCCUUAGAGUGUUUUUGGAGUCUCUUUUUGAGUUUCUGCACCCUUCCGCCUAGAAAGCAAGCAAGCCUUUUUUGUUGUAUUGAUGCACUCGGCGUGUACCACUCAAGGAGCGCGUCGUGUUGUUAUAUAUACAUGCCAGUAAUUCCAAUUCAGUUGGGUGGAA